UUUUAAAGUUUUGGACCUGGCCCUGAGGCGACGGUGGCCCUGGGCGGUCUUCGAAUUGAACUUAACUUGGAUCGCCUCCUGAGAGGCCAGAGGGAGCCAUGGGCCGCUACCGCGUCCGCGUGGUCACUGGGGCCUGGCUCUUCUCCGGAUCCCUCAACCUAGUGCGUUUGUGGCUGGUUGGGGAGCACCGGGAGGCGAAACUGGAGCUGCAACUGCGGCCAGCGCGGGGCAAGGAGGAGGAGUUUGACUUCGACGUUCCCGAGGACUUGGGGCCGCUUCAGUUUGUGAAACUGCACAAACAGCACACAGUUGUGGAUGACGCCUGGUUCUGCAACCUCAUCACAGUUCAGGGGCCGGAGACGAGUGCAGAGGCCGUGUUUCCCUGCUACCGCUGGGUGCAGGGAGAGGGAAUCCUGAGCCUCCCGGAGGGGACAGCCCGCCUGGCAGCAGACAAUGCCUUAGAUGUCUUCCAGAAGUAUCGAGAAAAGGAACUGAAGGAAAGACAACAGACAUACUGCUGGGCCACCUGGAAGGAAGGCUUACCUCAGACAAUAGCAGCGAACUGUAAGGAUGACCUUCCUCCAAAUAUGAGAUUCCAUGAGGAGAAGAGACUGGACUUUGAAUGGACGCUGAAGGCGGGGGUUCUGGAAAUGGGCCUCAAACGUGUUUAUACCCUCCUGAGAAGCUGGAACCGUCUGGAAGACUUUGAUCAGAUCUUCUGGGGCCAGAAGAGUGCCUUGGCCGAGAAGGUUCACCAGUGUUGGCAGGAAGAUGAACUCUUUGGCUACCAGUUCCUCAAUGGUGCCAACCCCAUGCUGUUGAGACGCUCUACCUCUCUGCCCUCCAGACUGGUACUGCCCUCUGGGACAGAGGAGCUUCAAGCUCAGCUGGAGAAAGAACUCAAGAAUGGAUCCCUGUUUGAAGCUGACUUUAUCCUGCUGGAUGGAAUUCCAGCUAAUGUGAUCCGAGGAGAACCACAGUACCUGGCUGCCCCUCUUGUCAUGCUGAGGAUGGACCCCGGUGGGAAGCUGCUACCCAUGGCUAUCCAGAUUCAGCCCCCUAACCCCAGCUCCCCAGCUCCAACACUGUUCCUGCCCUCGGAUCCUCCACUUGCCUGGCUCUUGGCUAAGAUCUGGGUCCGAAAUUCAGAUUUCCAACUGCAGGAGCUCCAGUUCCAUUUGCUGAACACCCAUCUGGUGGCUGAGGUCAUCGCUGUUGCCACCAUGAGAUGCCUCCCAGGACUGCACCCUAUCUUCAAGCUCCUAGUUCCACACAUCCGUUACACUAUGGAAAUUAACACACGAAGCCGGACCCAGCUCAUCUCAGAUGGAGGAAUAUUUGAUCAGGUAGUGAGCACAGGUGGAGGCGGCCACGUUCAGUUGCUCACUCGGGCAGUGGCUCAGCUGACUUACUGCUCCCUCUGCCCUCCUGAUGAUCUGGCUAACCGAGGCCUGCUGAAAAUCCCAAGUGCUCUCUAUGCUCGGGAUGCUUUACAGCUCUGGGAAGUCACUGCCAGGUAUGUGAAGGGGAUGGUCCAUCUCUUCUACCAGAGUGAUGAUAUUGUGAGGGGAGACCCAGAGCUGCAGGCCUGGUGUCGGGAGAUCACUGAAGUGGGGCUGUGCCAUGCCCAGGACAGAGGAUUCCCUGUCUCCUUCCAGUCCCGGGCUCAGCUCUGCCAUUUCCUCACCAUGUGUGUUUUCACAUGCACUGCCCAGCAUGCUGCCAUCAACCAGGGCCAGCUGGACUGGUAUGGUUGGGUACCUAAUGCUCCAUGCACAAUGAGGAUGCCCCCGCCCACCAGCAAGGACGAUGUGACGAUGGAGACCGUGAUGGGGUCGCUACCUGAUGUGCAGAAGGCCUGUCUUCAGAUGACUAUCACAUGGCACCUGGGUCGCCUGCAGCCAGACAUGGUACCUCUAGGACACCACACAGAAAAAUAUUUCUCAGAUCCAAGGACCAAAGCUGUGCUCAGCCAAUUUCAAGCAGAUUUGGACAAUUUGGAGAAAGAGAUUACAGCCCGGAAUGAGCAACUUGACCUGCCCUAUGAAUACCUCAAGCCCAGCCGCAUAGAGAACAGUAUCACCAUCUGAGGCAGAGCUGCUGGGACCCAGAAGGCUUUGUCAGCUCUAGGACUGCCACUACCCACUUGAUUCUGUGCCUUCUUAUGUCUGCUGCUGAGACUCUAAUUCCUCCCCUGACUAAACACUCCACAUUAGUAUUCUACUACAGGGCACUAAAUGUCUUGUUGUUAUGAGGAACCGUUUAGUCUUUGGAGGGUCACCCACGUUCUACCACAAUUACUUAGCUCUCUCACUAUACCACUAGUGUGUGACUAUGUUCCAAUAAAAGUUUAGGUAUGGACACUGAGAUAUGAA